AGAAAAGACGGAGUGCUUGAUUUAUCCACUAAGAAGAGUCCUUGUGCCGGCAGCACCUCUCUAAGUCAUUCUCCAGGGUGCUCCAGUACUCCAGGGAAUGGUGAGGAUGCAGCAGAGACAAUAGCAAUAGACUCUAACAAUCAGCCGAAGUCUCCACUGGAAAAGUUUAUGGUCAGACUGUGUACGCAUCACCAGAAGCAAUUCAUUCGUGUGCUAAACGACAUAUACACUGAAGUACAACCAGAUUCUGAAGGCCAGCAGUUGCCUGAAUCUGAAAGCAUGGAGGCCUCUACUUGUAGCUCUGGUUGUAGCCAGCGAAGCACUGAAAAUCAGGAUAAGGGUGCUACUUGUACUGAAUUAAAGCCCCCUUCUUCCUCAGACCCAGGGCAGUCAGGGUCUGAAGGCACCCUGCGUGUUACAGGACAAAGCCUGAAGCAGCCUACAGAGCUGAAGUCUAUGGACAGAGCAGAGAGCUCCAGUCCUGCUUUGAAAAGAGACUUCUCUGAAAUCCCCGUUACUAGACUUAGCUCUGCUAGUCCAAAGGAUAGUUUCACCCAAGGAUACCUCAGCACGUUGAACUCUUCCUCUUUGAAUUUCCAUCAUGCCGCAAAGAACCUGGAAGGACAAGCCGCUGGACGCGAGCAGGAAACUGGUGUCAAAAAGUGUGAGGACAAUAAAGAGCAGGUAGCAGGUAAGACUCUAGUGGAAGGCUAUAUCUCUGUCAAAGUGGCAAAUGUGAAUGGCAGUGAGGACAGCUUAGACAGCUGUCUGGGGUCCCAAAAGAACUCUUUCAAAGCUUUACCCGAAGAGUCCUGGGAUUCUGGCUUUACGGUAAACUCUCCUCGCAGAGCUGACAAAGAGAACGCUUUGCAGUGCAGCUCGAAAGCAUCUUUGCACCAGGACUUUGACGCAAAAGAACCAGAUGCGAGACCAAAGCAAGAAAACCACCUGCACGCCGCGGCCAAGGGCAAGGCAGGCUGCCACCUGCACCCGGGCGACAAGGCGUCGGGGCUGAGGAUAAACGACUACGACAACCAGUGCGACGUCGUCUACAUCAGCCAGCCCAUCACUGAGUGCCACUUUGAGAGCCAGCGGUCGGUGGCGUCCCGCAAGACGGCGAGGAAGAGCACGCGAGGUUAUUAUUUCAACGGGGAGUGCUGCGAGCUCCCAACUGUCCGCACUCUGGUUAAAAGCUCCCGGGCGGAGGAAAGAGGGAACAGCCCGGCACUGAGAACAGAAACGCUAGUAAGCACUAAGCCGACUCUGGUGCUCUCGGGGGGUGGGUCUUUGGGAGCAGGAAGGGAAGGUGAGAAAAGGGUUUCUCUUAGGCUCCUGGCUAAAGGGGCACCGUCCAGCAGAGAAACUAGAGAGAGAGCAGAUUUGGGCUCUGCUGAACGCGAUCCUCGGGAUACCUGGGCACUGAGGUCAAGGGAAGCUGCUAUCGCUGUGCCCCUGUUCUCUCUCUCUGCUCCACCUAGUCCUCAGAAAGAGGAUGACCCAGCCAGCUCGCAGCCCCCAAGCCCUCCUCCCACUGAAAAAGGAGAGACAAGAGCUGGAGGCACUGUUUCCUGGCAGGCUGGCGGCAGGCUGGAUUCCCCUGGGGACGGCGGGCCCAAAGAUAGCAGUGGCACGCAGGCAACAGAUUUUACAGCCCUUCCUGUCUCGGAAGCACCCAGCAGGGAGGAAGGUUCCCCCGGUUCAGAAAUACAAACUAUUCCAGACCUUCCUGCCAGCCCGGAGCCAAGGUCUCCCUUGCAGCCCUCUGCUGCUGUGGACACCACACCUCUGGCCCGCAUUGCUAUGGGAGAUCCUGCUGAGCUUCCAGGCACUGGAGAGGUGGAGCCCUCCGAGGUGCAUCCUGCAGAGCCUUCUCCGUGCUCUUUGGACUUGCAAAUUCCCGAUGAGCCUCCUGCCACUGUGGAUGUGGAGAGUCCCCGAGAGCCCCCUGCCACCUCUCAGUGUGCGGAUAUGAACAAAAGCAUCGAUGCUAAACCAGAAGCCGAACCAUCAGGCAUGCUGGGUGACAGCUCACUUGGGCAAGAGGAGGCUGUGCCAGCUAACACAGGCCUCCCUGAAAUGUUGGAAGGGGAGACAGCGCAGAAUAACAGUCUGCCAUGUGAGAAAGAGCUUGUUGAAGGUGAAAUGCUGCCUGAACCUGAAGGCUCAGAAACAGCAGGGAAGGAGUCGGUCUCUUCCAAAGAGAGUCAAGACAAGAAGCGAAAGAAAGGGAGGAGAGUGCUUGAGGCAUCGGACCGGCGUCUCCGAAGCCAGCAAUCCCAGCCACCCGUGGAGGGCAGUGCUGAGGAGGCUGCUGCUUCGAGCUCUGUGCAGCUUCCCUGCCUUCAGAUCAAACUCUCCAAGAGUCCUGGUGCUAAGCGGUUUAAGAGAGAAGUGCAGCUGGAUGAGGUAGCAUCCAUGCACUUCCCAAAUGACUGCUUUCAUAAAACGCUGCUCAAGAACAGUGAGGGGCCGAUUGCCAGCCAGGCUCCACAGAGCAUCCCUGAGCAGCUGCCAGGUGAGGAGAACGGUGUCAUUACUAGACAAACCUAUAAAAACAUCCUAGCAAAAGAGACUGCAGCAGAGGGAGAAAAUUCUUCGAAAGAUGACCUCCCUGCUAAAGGCAGCCAAAAUCAGGCAGGUGAGAUGCUGGAAAUCUGUGUCCAGACUGAUUCUGAGAAGAGAAGCAUUCUCUUCCCUCAGGAAAGCAGCGUGGCUGCGAACGAUGCGGAGCAAGUGGAUGUGAAGGCAGGUGAUGGCAAUGCAAAGGAGGAGGAUGAGGAGAGCGCUGACAGUGCCAUGGACACAGGAAAGCUUGAGAAUUUCGAGCCAGUGACCAAUUCACCUCCAUGUCCCAGCAGUAGAGGUGGAAGCAAGCAUGUUCCCGCAAAGGCCGUGAAGCAUAAAAAGGUAGCCCUGCAAUUUUAUAACUUAAGACACACACCUGCAUCUGUAGACACUGCAAAAAAGAACACGACAGGGAAAGAAUCUAUGCAAGCAAUCCCCAAAACGAGGGACGAAUGCAGUUCAGGGAACGACGACUCCCCGGCGUUGGAGGAUAUAGACACAGCUGACAGCAAACCAAAGUUCAUGGAGUGGUGUGCUGAAGAGGAGAACCAGGAGCUCAUUGCUGAGUUCAAUGCCCAGUACAUGAAAGUUCAGAAAGGCUGGAUUCAGCUGGAAAAGGAAGUGCAACCGACUCCCAAGGUGAAGAACAAAGCUGACAAACUGAAAGAGAUUUGGAAAAGCAAGAAAAGGACACGGAAAAGUAGAGGGUCACUGGAAGUUCAGAAGCUUUCUCCUGUCCAGAUGUUGUUUAUGAAGGCCUUUAAGCUGUCUGACAUCUGCCAGUGGUUCCUGGAGACAACUGAAACCAGGUCUCUAGUGAUUGUGAAGAAACUCAACACCCGUCUCCCAGGGGAGAUCCCCCCCAUCAAAGUCCCCCUGCAGAAGUAUUCCUCUUCCAGUCUUUAUCCCAGCUCACUGCAAGCUGAACGUUUGAAAAAGCAUCUCAAGAAAUUUGCUGCAACCACCCCAGCUCGAAAUAACCUGAAGAACCAAAAGUUGUGGGCCAAAAUUCGAGAGAACGCUGAAAAAGCAGAGGCUGAAGAAACCACUGGUCCCAACCAGACACCUCCCUCCGAAACCAGCUCUGAAGAAGUGAGCGAAGACAAAAACGUUCAGUCCACUCCAAGUUUGCCCACGCAGGCAAGCACGAGGAUCCUGCGGAAAUACUCUAAUCUGCGGGGGAAACUCCGAGCCCAGCAUCGCCUGAUUAAGGCAGAGAAGAAGAGCGAUGGCCCAGGUGACCACCCUUCUGUGGAGAGCAAGCAAAGCCGGAAGAGUGUGUGCAUCAACCCACUGAUGUCUCCAAAGCUGGCCUUGCAGAUCAAAGCAGAUGCAUUUCCUGCUAAAUCUCCGUCCGUAGAAGGGCCGGGAAAGGGGCGGAAAGGAAAGAGCAAGUCCCAGGAGGACCCCUCGCCCAAAGCCGACCUGCAGCUCAGCAGAAAGAAGAGAACCCUGAAGGAGAGCGGGAGCGCACAGGAGCGGACAGGCUCCUCCAGUAAAGACAAGCUGCCUGCCAAGAAGGCCAGUAAAAUAAAGCAUUUGGAGGUCAGCACAAAAGCUCCUGCAACCAGAAAGCAAGCUGCCAUGGAGAGAAGCAAUAAGCUUGCUAAAAAGAUGUCUUUGAAAGAGAAGAGAGCCCCAAAAAGGCAGCUUGAGAAAGUGCGGCUCCCCAUGCGGAAGGGCAAGGAGAACACGAGCCGACGGGCCGUGCUGCCCCCCAGCCACGAGGAGCUGGCCAAGUCUCCAAAGCAGAAGCCCCUGGGGGAGUCCUCGACGCGGUCACAAAAGCUGGCCAACAAGAAGCCCAGCAGUGGGAAAACCCUGACGAGGUCCAUGAAGAAGUUGCAGGAGAGCAGCGGGGCACAGGGCAAGAGGAAGCUGAGGGCAAAAGUUGACUGUUCGCACAGCAAGCGCUCGCGACUGGAUGCGAAAUAGCCAAGAACCGGUAGCCAUGUACAAAACUGUUGUAUAGUAGUAACCCUUUACCAUGCAUUAACUAAAGCUGCUUUUAUAAGCUGUAGCAAGCCUUUAAAAAUCCGCAGUUAAAGGAUAACGCCCGUGAUUUUAGGCAUCGGAAGAUGUGUCUCGGACAGAGGAGAGGGCAGCCUGUCUGUCUCUGCUGUUCAGAAGGCAGUUUCUGCAGUUUGAGUGUUCCUUGGAUUUUUAAACUUGGAACCAGGCAGUUUUAGUUAAAAGUACAGUGCCUUAUUUAUCACUUUGAAAAUAAAAAUAAGAAGCUCGUCUGUGUGAUUUGGAGGCUUGCAUUUUAUACUUGAGGCACAAGCACUUGUACUGUAGCAGAAAGAAAACCACCUUUGUGCACAUGAAGUAGCUUUCGGCAGCCUUUAAGUGCACGCAAACAUGUCCCUUUCCUUCAGAGUCCUAAUUCUGUCUGUCUUAUUAGUGGCAUUUAAAGCAAAACCAAAACCAUUUUCCAUCAGUGAGGGAGAGAAAGGUGAAUCUGCCAUUUGUCGGUUCGUUAGUAGCAGCUGCUGGUGUCCCAUACUGUUACCUGCAAAAAAGUAUUAACUAGCUACUCGUGUGUGUACUUCUGAUCACUCUCUUGCUCUCCCGUUGCACAGGCCUUGAGGUGGGGUGAUGCGGGUCAAACUGAAAAGGCAAAGGAGAUGCUGCGCGGGUUCUGGGCGCUGGUCUGUCGCAUCCGCUGCCGCUGGGCAGGCGUGCUGGGCUGCGUUCAUCCUCACUUCUGCUGGCGACGGGGAUGAAUCGGUCCCGUUAUGCCUUGGCUUUGGACAGAACUCCUCCCAUCCAUGUUUAGCUGCGCUGGUGUUGAUUUCUGUCGUCUCUGACAGCAAAGUGGUUUCAUCAGCUCUUUGCUAAAGAUUCAGUCUUUUGCUUUCGACGGGCCUGGCGUCCUUCUGCAAUUCGUGCUCUCCGCAGAUGGGGGUCCCGGCCCGCGCGGUGUGUCCUUGUGCACUUGUUGCGUAGCGCCCUCCUAGGCCAAGGUUCUCCGUGUUUGGAUUGAUGCUGAGAUAACGGUCCGAUUAAUAUUUUUUUUGUUUGUUUAAUAUAAUUUCCCUUUCACCUUCUACUGACAAGGUGCGGUUGUUUUGUCCUUGUUUCAUCUCAGUGCUGUGGAGUCUAAAGCGGGGAGUCUAGCCAGGCCUUUGCUCAGCUCUGCCUUUCAACAGCACCCUUGCAGGUCUCCCGCGCAAGCCUGCACCGCACAUCUAAAAGUCAGCCAGGAGUCUGUAGUGGAGGAACAGGGUAGCUGAAGCCUAGCAUCUCGGAGGAAAACUUGUAAGAAAGGCAGAGCCCCACGUUCCCACGGCACGUGGCUGCGCUGGCGCUCACAGGGAAAGACGGUCGGCAGCUGGAAGCGACCGCUUCGGUUUCCGCUCGGUGCCAACGCACGGCCAGCCAUUUCAUUUCCGUGACUUCACUUUUGAGUCGCUGCACAAAGUCUGUUGGCCUGAAUCCUAAAGUGAAACCUCCUUCCUUUCAGGAGGCACAGCACCUGAGCGGUGCGGGUGCUGACCUUCAACGGCCGCCUUCUGGCGAGGCAGUCCUUGCUCCGAGCCCUGAACCAGCUCUGUGCAAGCUUUCCGGGCAGGUCGCUGCGUUCAGGGAAGAGCUUUGUGGGGCUGGAGGCCAGAGAGGGCUCGGCUGCAAAGGGAAUCACUUUGCACAGUUAGUAUCGCACUCCCACAGCCUGUGGACUGGCGGUGGGAAGCAGAUCAUUGUCUUUAAAUCUUCCCUCGUACUCACUCAGUACAGAGGAUGAAACAAAGCGUUUGAGGUUUGCACAUGCCUCGCAGAGCACCUCCGGCUCUCUCGCAGAGAUCAGGUAUUCCCUUCCCCCAGUGCUGAUGUGCACGAGUCUGCGGCACGUUUUUCUGUUACUAUGAAAUGGCUGAUUUAAAAAAAAAAAAAAUCCUUUACCUUUCCUUUGAAUCAUGCUAGAAUAAGUUAACUCUCUGAACAGCUAUGAAGUGAUUAAAUCUAGCUUGUCAGUCCCUGUACAGAUUAAUAUGAAGUUAUCUAUUACUUUAAUUUUUACUGCAUGUAUUAAAUAUGUCAAACAUUCCAUCAGAAAAGAUUUAAAAGCAUUUUGGGAGAGAUGUGAGGAAGGAGGGCGCUGAUUGCAGUUAAAUGAUGGAUCUAUACCUUUCUUACAGGUUUUAUUUUCCACUUGCUUCUUCUCUACCUGAAUUUGCAGUCCUCCUGUUUCCUUGCCGUAGGGCAGCCCCUAUGGUCUCGAAGAGCGUGUGCUGGGCUGCGGAGAGAUGCAGCUGCAGAAUUGUUCAGGCAUUCAGGAGCUUUCCUUGAGACUUUCUCUCUCUUUCUCGCUCUCUUAAAUUUUUCACAAAGUUCUGCUGGUAAAUAUGGGCUGGUCUGCUUUCCAUCUCGUGUGCUUCUGGGGGCAAUAGCCUCAUUGGGAUAAAACUGCUACAAAGCGAGUCGGAAGAGGCUUUCUGGAUGUGGUGCUGCAGGCCAAGGGCUCGCUGCCUCCCUGGCCCUGGGCUCUUGGAGAGCAUGAAGUGUUUGGUGCUAGCAGGGCAGAGGCCUGAGACAGCAGGCUUCACACCAGUGCAGGACUGGUGCUGGAGUGUCCCAGCGUGUCUCCCACUUUUGCACUACUCACAAGUUUGGUACCCACUGCCUGGUCUAGAAGUUGGUGGGAUCGACUUGCCAAGCUUCCCAGCAGUGUGGCAGCCAGGCCUCAACUCCAGAGAGGAAUGGCCAGGACCUGUCAUGGGAAGAAGUCAAGAGAUGUUGAAAGGAAAUCCAUAUUCUUCCCACCCCUCUGAACUUGUCAUUUUGUUCUGCAGUUUUCUAUCAUCUUGCUGUGGUUUGGCUUAGUUUGGUGGAGCCUCCCUGCGCAGGAGGCAGGUCCUGGUCGGACUAAGCCCUAUCAGUGGGUGCUGCAGGACUCACGGGGCUCCGGGGGGAGCGAGGUGGCCUGGGCUGGCUCUGGCUCUGCCGGGCAGGGUGCAGGUCUGAGGCUCAAAGCGCGUGCAGCUUAUCCCGGGUCCCGCUCACCUUGAACCAGCAACCGUGUCCUUCCCUGGGGGAUGUCAGAGGUGUUCAGCAAGCCUUGGCUCUCCCACGUUAUAUCCAAUGUGUCCUGUUCAAAGAGUAACGCUCAUAAAAUCUGUGCAAAGAUGCUACUGACUUUUUAUGGGAGCUGGGCUCUGCCUGGUAGGUGUAAAUCUGAAUUUCUGUACCUUUUAAUAAGGAGGUGUAGAGGUGUGUGUUUUGUGUGAGGAUGGGGAGGAAAUGGGAGUUCUGGCUUGGGCUGGGCUGAGCCUUGUGGAUUGUUGUUAUUUUUUUCCUCAGAAAGCAAGGGAGGAGGAAACAAGUAAUUCUGAGGGUUGUU